AUGUUAUCGCAACUCGAAGACGCCCGUGCCUUUCGAGUUUAUGAUGAAGGCAGUUCUACCGUCCUAACUGAUGAUGGGUUUAUUGCCAAUGCUUUCGCAGGCUCUGCAAAUGUCAGCGAAAUUCUUGAGAGGUAUCCCACAGACGAUGAUUACAGAGAGCUACUGCGACAUGUUCGAAACAGGCACCGCGGUGCUAACAGUCCCUGGAUAUCAAUUACCCCGCUGUGGCUGUGGGCCAUCGUUGAAUGUGUUAAACGGUGUAGGGCGGGUGAAAAGGGAGUUGGAUUGGCGCUCAUCGAUAACGCACAGCUGGCUCUCAGCAGAGAUGUUCAACAGGUUUUCUAUGCGAUGGAACGUAAUGAAAUCCGUGAUGACCAUUUAGCCAGCCAAUGGUCCAAUGAUCCACAAGAAAUUUUGAUCUUCGCUGCUCUUCCACGGAAGGCCAUAAUAUCACAAGUCCUGUUUGCAGACAUUAUCCCCCAUCUACCACCCUUCUUCUUUAAAUCUCAUCACUGCCGUGCAAUCGAAAACAUAUGCUGGAGAAACCAACAUCGCGACGCAACAUCCCCGCAUAGUCACGGAAAGAGGGCCUACGACCUUGCACGCUCUUUGAUUGAACCCAAGUGGCAAGAAGUCACAAAUGAUAUCUUAGAAGAAGGACAGGAGGCUGGGGAAGAGAUUAUUAGGAGUCGGGACAAGGAGGCCCUUUCUCAUAAGAUGUUUAUGAUGCGUUUUGAUACCACUGCUCUCACUGCCGAGGAUUUUGAUGUGGAGGCCCAAGCUUCCAUGAAGCUAAAUGAGCUGACCACUAUAAUCAGGACGUUGGCCGGGAAGAUUGCAUCCUGGGGCAUAGAUUGGAACAAGGAUGUCGAUGGUAGUGCAUGGAAAGAAGUGCAACAUGCAAUUAUUCAGUGCACAAAGGAGGCUCAAUCUGAAGUAAUCGAUCAAGUGGGGGAACUUCUGGGGUCCUCCUUCAUAUUGCUCGAAGUAUCUCAGUUCCUGUGUAUCUUUGUUCGUGUUAGAAAAUACGCGCCUCUGCAGUGGAACCAAAGACCUCUGAACUUUAGAUUAGUCAAUAAUAAGACCCCUAAGCAUGAUGGACUUAUGCUGGACAAGUCAGAGUUCGUUCCCGGAGUUUCGGAGAGGGCGGGCAAGGUGCAUGCGACGCUCUAUGGAAAAGGAUUGACAUUUGAGGCAAAAUGGUGGGAGAUAGGAUUUAGGCCAAGACGAUAA